ACAAAGAGCACUUGAAGGAGAAGGAGAAGCUGGAGAUGGAGUUGGCAGCUGUGCGCUCUGCCAAUGAGGACCAGCGGAGGCACAUCGAAAUCCUCGACCAGGCCCUAAACAACGCGCAAGCCAAGGUCAUCAAACUGGAAGAGGAGCUGCGCAGGAAGCAGGCCUAUGUGGAGAAGGUGGAGAAGCUGCAGCAGGCACUGACGCAGCUGCAGGCGGCCUGCGAGAAGAGGGAGCAGAUGGAGCGGCGGCUGCGCACGCGCCUGGAGCGGGAGCUGGACUCGCUGCGGAUGCAGCAGAGGCAGGGCAGCUACCAGGCGAGCAGCCUCCCGGAGCACAAUGCCCCAGCCCUGAUGGAGCUGGUGCGGGAGAAGGAGGAGAGAAUCCUGGCCCUGGAAGCCGACAUGACCAAGUGGGAGCAGAAGUACUUGGAGGAGAGUACGAUCAGGCACUUUGCCAUGAAUGCCGUGGCCACAGCUGCCACAGAGAGGUAAGGUGGCCUUGCUGCAAGCGGGCAGCUCUCCUCCUACGGCGAGAGCGCGCUGGAGGUGCGGGGCUGGCAGGAGGAGGAGGAGAUCAUGCAAGCCAACCGGCGCUGCCAGGACAUGGAGUACACAAUAAAAAAUCUCCAUGCCAAAAUAAUUGAGAAGGAUGCCAUGAUCAAGGUCCUUCAGCAACGAUCACGGAAAGACCCUGGAAAAGCCGACAGUGCCAGCCUGCGACCUGCACGGUCCGUCCCCUCCAUCGCUGCUGCUACAGGCGUGCAUUCGCGCCAGACCUCACUGACCAGCAAUCAGAUAGCUGAGGAGAAAAAGGAAGAGAAGAUCUGGAAGGGAAGUAUAGGGCUGCUCUUGGGGAAGGAGCACCACGACCACCCAUCAGGCCCCUCACUGCCUCCUCCACUGCCCUCCUUGUCCUGCAUGCCCAUCCCAGGGCCAGCGGCCUCCCACGCGAAGACGGGCAGCAAAGACAGCAGCACCCAGACGGACAAAAGCACUGAGCUCUUCUGGCCCGCAGCCGCCUCUUUCCCCGGCCGGGGGCGGCUGGGUACCACCCCAUCACACAGCCCAGCCCCGCGGCCCCCAGGGACACGGGUGGCUGCUGAGAAACUGGAGAACUCCAGCCAUGGGAAGCCGCCCGACAGCAAAGGCCGAGUGAGCAGCUUGCUCCACAAGCCCGAGUUUCCAGAUACGGACAUGAUGGAAGUCCUCAUCUGAGCAGAGGACAGCAUCUCUGGGGUUU